CCCGGGUCGCGAGCGAGUCGAGCAGCGAGCGGCGCGCCGUCGUGCGGGCGUCCUUGAGAGCUCUCAGUGCGUGUGUGUGAGUGAGCGUGCGUCUGUGUGUGUGUGUGCGUCUGUGAUACGAGAGGAUGACCCGGGAGUGCGAGCAAUAAGGAUUACUUCGACACCACCCCCAGGGCGUGGUGGGAUGCGGCCGCUCCUCUGGGCCGUGGCGCAGGUCCUCCUGGCCACGGUCGUGGUGCUCGCCGCGGCGCAGGACGGCGGCCUGCCCGACUCCGACAAUGACGUCCUGGAGGCCGCGCUCGCCGGGGACGCGGACGCCGCGGAGGCGGCGCACUUCGGCGACCGGACGGCGCCGCGCGCCCGCCGACUGAGGCUGGACACGGGGCCCGACCCGGGCGACCCCGCGGACCCGGAGGCCGGGCCCAGCACCUCCCCGACGACCACAACCACCACGACGCUGUCCCCGCGGACCUUCAUCCGCGUGCAGGCGGGGCCGCGCGGACGCGGUCCCGGGGGCCGCGGUGCGGUCCGCAGCCGGGGCGUCGUCAAGAAGGUCGACGACGACGAGGCCCUGCAGACGCUGUCCUCGGGCGACGUCCGCUCCCUGCGGCUGCGCCAGGCCGAGCAGCAGGACGUCGGCCUACAGGACAUCCAGGACCCCGGACACACACACAUCACGCGCCUCGACGUGGACUGCUCGAGCGACGGCAUCGGCGUGACGCUCGAGUUCCAGCAAGACUUCGACGGGCUGGUUUACAGCAAGGGCUACUACGACGACCCGUCGUGCAGGUUCGUGGCUGCGGGCUCGAACCGCCGCUCCUUCCAGUUCACGGUGCCGCUCCGGGGCUGCGGUUCCCGCCCCAGCACCGCCGGCUGCACCAAGCCCGGGGCGGGCUGCGGCGGCCGCAUAGAGAACGUGCUCGUGAUCCAGACGGACGACACCGUCCAGGAAAUCUGGGACGUGGCGCGUAAGGUCUCGUGCGCCGCCCCGGACGCCAACGAGAAGACGAUCGCCUUCAAGCCGUUCGUCGUGGACAUGCUGGAGGUCGUGUCCGUGCCCGUCUCCAGCGGGUCCGUAGACUGCUGGAUGGACAUCCGCAGGGGCACCUUCCCCAAUACGCAGCCUCUCGAGAACGUCAUCAAGAUCGGCGAGCCACUCACGAUCCUCGUGUACCUGCGCGCGCCCAGCCCGCAGUUCGACGUGCGCGUGCGCGACUGCUGGGCGUACGACCAGGAAGACCUGGACGCCAAGGACACGCACAAGCUGCAGCUCACCGACAGCGAGGGCUGCCCCCGAAAGAGGAAGCUAAUAGAUGACUGGCAAAAGACGACGCAGACGGGAGACUCGGACGCCAACCUGCUGGCGUACAACACGCUCAAAGCCUUCAAGUUCCCGGACAAGGUGCAGGUGUUCCUGACCUGCAACAUUGAGGUCUGCAAUGGACCGUGCGCGGGUCGGUGCGGUGGCGCGUCGACGGGACCCCCGCCUCUACCAGGGCCACGGGGUCCAGACGCAUCCACCAGGCGGCCGCCAGCGCCCACCCCAGAGCCGCUGAACUGCUACCCCGGCAGCCCGGACCCGAGGUGUCCACAGCCCAUCCCGACGACAAGAAGGCCACCGCCGCCCACCCCGGAGCCGGAACAACGACCCCCGGUGCCCGAGGCCACCGACCACCGACUUCCAGCCAUCCACCUACCUGCCACCUCUGCCACCUACAACCCCGGCCCCAACCUCACCACCUCCAAGGUGUUACCCUGGCAGUCCGGACCCUAG